AUGGGUAGAUCACAGGUGGUGAAUGCUUUUGCAGAAGAUGGAGAAAAGUGGAGCAUGGGACAAAGGCAGCUUGUGUGUCUUGCUCGGGUGCUGCUACAUAGGAGGAAAAUAUUGGUCUUGGAUGAGGCCACGGCAUCAGUAGACACAGCAACAGAAAAUGUGAUUCAAUGGAGAAUCAGAGAAGAAACAAGCCGGUGCACGGUCAUAACAAUGGCCAUCGGAUAUCCACCAUCAUUGACAAUGACCUUGUUCUGGUUCUCGAUGAAGAGACACGGUGGAAUUUCUGAAAGUAUUGAAGGCAAGGUUGUUGAGUAUGAUUCGCCAACUGAGUUGCUCAAAAACAGUUCUUCUGCUUUCUCAAAGCUGGUAAUGCAAUUCAUGAGGAGGUCUUCUAGCGGCAAGGUUGUUGAGUAUGAUUCACCAACUGAGUUGCUCAAAAACAGUUCUUCUGCUUUCUCAAAGCUGGUUCGCCACCCCAAAGUUUUUGCAAAAAAUUUAAGGACCGCUACCCCAAAAAGGCAUGAUCAGUUGAAAGUUGCUCAAGUUGAAGAAAUUGCAGCAAAACUUGCCAUUGAUGAAAUUGAAACUAGUAAAGGCAAAAAUCAAGUUGGGACAUUGAAACGGGCUGGAGAUACUCAAUGGGGUUCUCACUUGGGAUCUAUUUCCAGUUUGAUAAAUAUGUUUAGUGCAACAUUUUCAGUCUUAAGUAAUGUCAUCAAUGAUGGAGCCACCUCUACUCAACAUGCAGAUGUAGAUGGAGUUUAUGAUAAGAUUACAUCUUUCGAGUUUGUGUUUAUCUUACAUCUUAUGAGAGAUAUUAUGGGGACUACUGAUGUCUUUGCCAAGCUUUGCAACAAUGUUCAACUAUUUUGUGGAAAAUAUGACAUAGAUAUUCCUGAUAUGAGUGCUCAUUACACAUCUAGUAGAGAUCGUGCUUGUCACCAAAAAGAUCACAUUACUAUUGAGCAUCAUUUUCAGGUUGAUAUUGUUACAAUUAUUUGUGACUCUCAAUUGCAAGAAUUGAACAACAGAUUCAAAGAAGAUGUGAUGGAGUUACUUAUUCUUAGCUAUGCUUUAGAUCCUAGGGAUGAUUACAGUUCGUUCAAAAUUGAAGAUAUAUGCAAGCUUGCAAAUCAAUUUUAUCCUAAUGACUUUAUAGUGCAAGAAAAAAUAUAUUUGAAAAUCCAAUUGCAAAGCUACGAGAUUGAUAUCCUUAAACAUCUUGAGUUUCAACAGUUGUUAACAAUUUCUGACUUGUGCCAAAUGUUGGUAAAAACAAGGAAGUCAACAAUUUAUCCUUUUGUCGAUAGAUUAAUUUGUCUUGGUCUAACUUUACCAGUUUCUAUGGCGACAACAAAACGUGCAUUUUCGGCCAUGAAAAUUUUAAAGACUAGAUUGCGCAAUAGGAUGGAGGAUGAUUUUCUUUCAAGCUACUUGUUAACAUAUGCUGAGAAAGACAUUGCUCAAGAUUUUGAUGUAGAUUCCAUCAUAGAUGCUUUUUAUAUUAUGACAGAACGUCGAGCAUAA